UGUUUUUUGUAGUUGUUGUCGCAGACACGUAUUUAUUUUACACAAUUUUUAAUGUUUUUGAAAAUUGCAAACAAUUAGCUCAACAAUAGCCUCAAGAUGUUUGCCAAUCUAAAAAACAAACUUAUCGAGGAGGUGAAGGCGUCGCCGUCCAAAUUUCAACAAUUCGCAAAUGCGGCUCAAGCCGCUGUGAGCUCAUCAUCAUCCAGCACACCCAACAGUUCCGACACCAAUACCAACACUAGUGCCACCAAUGAGAAUUUCUUUAGCAUCACAGAGGAAGACACACCGCAAAAUUCACCAUAUCGCAUACAGAAAUUACCGGCCACUAGUGCCUCCUCGCUGAGAGGACGUUCCUCCACACAGUCUUUGAAUGGUCUAGGUGCGGUACCAAGGACACGAAAACUGUCCAAUUCGUCAAUGGCCAGCGAUGUCUCCUUUCGGCUGCCAACCUAUGAUGCGCCAGCCGUCUACCACCUCCAGUCAGAUCUGGAUGAGACUAGCAGUGAAUUUGACGAUUCCGCAUCGACUGCUCGUUUGGAUGUGAUAACCAAGGAUCAGCUAUAUGACGCAUACAAAAAGUCGCUAGAUCGUUAUCAUAAAUAUCGAUGUCGAUACACCGAUUUGGCCAAGAAGUAUAAGGAACUGGAGCGCGAUAGCACGAAGGCCAGGUCGGUUUUGGUAGAGACCCAAGACAAGGCGUUGCGUAGAAUCAGCGAGUUGAGAGAGCAAUGUACAUUGGAGCAACAGGCCAAGGCCCAUUUGGAAGAAGCCUUGCGAAUCGAAAUGGACGACAUGAGCUGCAAAAUGCAAGCCUACCAGACUAAAUUAAAAUUACUGGGCGAGAAUCCUGAUAACAUUGCAGUUGCGCUGGAGAGAUCUGGCGAGAAUGAAAAGCUAAUCGAUCUGGACGAAACUGCGGCAAAGGCAAAUGGUAGCCAAGUUGAAGAGGAUAACAAACUAAUACAACAACUUAAGCAGCAACUCGAGCAAAUCACGGAGAAAUACGAGGCUCUGCGUAAGCAGGAGGAAGAGAAUGUUCUGCUCUUGGCUCAAACAAAGCAGGAUAUUCACACCGAGCUCGAUCAUAAGGAUAAUGAAUUGCGGCAAUUGCAGGCGAAACUAAAGCAACUGGAAUCGGAGCGAGACACGCAAACGGAUGAAAUAAAGUCUCAGUUAAAGAAAUUGCAGUUGGCAAAACAGGAAGCCGAUGCCAAGGUAAUGGCUUCUGAACAUCUUCUCAAGGAGACUGUUGCAACCAAAGAGCAACAGGUGGCAUUGUUGGAAGAAAAACUGCAAGCCCUUAAACUAGAAAAUGAACAGAAAUUGCAGGACCUGAGUCAACAUAAUAAUCAGUUGAAUGAAAUGGUUCAGCGCUACAAAGAAACUGAUAUUGAGGAACAAUUUCAGCAAGUGCAGAAUGAAAAUGUGAAACUAAAGGAGAGAUUGGACACAUUGGAACAGCAAAUACAAGAUUCUGAAAAGUGUCUGGAAAUUGAAAGAGAAACUAUAGCUGCCUUGACUUCUGAGAAAUCCGCUGAGAAUGAGCAGCACAGACUUAAAUUGGAGCAACUGCAAAGGGAAAUGCAAAUCCUGAACGAACAACACGCUAGUACCGAGAGUGAAACAAUUAGCAAAUUGAAAGCACAGCUGGAAUCUAUGAGCAGCAGUCAGCAAGAUAUUUUGGCCAAGGAGAAGGAACUCAAAUCCAAUAUCGCAAAAUUAAAUAAAUUAAAGAAACAACAGGAACAAAAUCAGGCCAAGAUUAGCGAACAGGACGCAGCAAUAGAGGCACUUCAGUUGCAAUCCCAAGAAAAGGAAAAAGAGAAGGAAGAUCUGCAAGCACGUGUAGUUUCCAUUCUAGGAGAGAUCGGCACCAUGCAGACACAUUUGCAACAGGUUCAGGACUCGCAUAAAGAAUUGGAGCAAGAAAAACAAGAACUGGAGUCACAUAUUAAAAAUUUGCAGCAAAAACAGCAGCAGGAUAUCAUUACAUCAACCAAGUUGGAGGAAAUCCAGAGUGAAAACACAAAACUUGCCGAACGCAACUGCCUUCUUGAAGAGCAAACGAAUCAUCUUGAGAAGCAGCUUAAAGAACACAGCGAUCUUCGAAUGCAAGUUCAAGCGAAACAGGAUGAACUCUCAAAACUACAACAGAAGAUUCAACAGGUCCUGGACGAACACUCGAAACUGCAGAAUGCCCAAGAACUAAUGGACCACGAUUAUCGCACGCUCCAGGACAAAUGUGAUGCCUAUGAAAAGGAAAAUUUGAUAGUUCAGGAUAAGUUGGAGUCCCAGAAUGUUAUUUGUGCAGAAUUGAACCAAAUAAAGACAAACUUGGAAAAGGACCUGGAUGAGAAUCAGCAAAAUCUGUUAGAACUACGAGAAAGGCAACAGGAACAAAUCGAACAAGCGAGAGAACAAUCCGAACGCAUCGUCGAAUUGGAGGCUAAUCAGGCAGAAAAGGAAACCCAAUUGCACGAACUUCAGUUGAAACUAGAGGAGGCGAAGCAACUGCAAGCAAACCACCAGGAAAACCAAUCCAAUGAACAAAGUCUGCGGGAAACCAUCCAGAAGCUGCAAUGUCAGUUGAAAAAGGCCGAGGAAAACGAGCGCAACGCCAACGCGUCUCAAGUGGAAAAAGAAAAACGAUGCGAAAACCUUGCGCAACAAUUGAAAGAUGCGGAAUCCAAUGUUGAAGAAUUGCAAACCGCCCACUUGGAAAAAGAGCAACACCUGCGUGAGACUUGUGACAGUCUAAGCCAUCAAAUUAAGGAAGUUAAAGAAGCUAAUGCCGAAAGUUUGGCCAAAGAAUCCCAGCUGCAGGAAACCAUAGAAAAUCUUCGUCAAGAAAUUUUGGAAGCGGAAGCGGGCGCAAAGUUGGUAAAUAAACAAAAUGUAUCCGAACUGGAAGCAACCAUUCAAGAGCUUCACCAAAAGCUAGACCAAUCUUCUCAAAUACACGACCAAAGCCUGGAAAAAGAAUCCCAAAUGCAGCUAACUAUUCAAAACCUUCGGGAACAGCUAGAUUCUCUCAGGGAGGCUGAGAAAAGCGUGCAGGAGAAGAUCCAGGCUUCGAAUGCGGCACAUUCAUCUCAAUUAUCUACGCUGCAAGCACGAUGGAGUGCCGCUAAUGGGGAUGUAGAACGUCUGCAUGAGGCCAAUGAUGCCUUACAGCUGGAAAUAGAGCAAUUGAAAAACAAAUACAGCCUGCAAAUUGACGAACUCCAAAAGGAAUUGUCCCAACGAAACGACAAAAUUGAUAACUCAGCAGAGAUCUCUGACAAAUUGGCUCGGUUAGAGGAGAUUCAAAUUGAGAAUGAAUAUCUUAACAAACACACCAAACAGCUGGAGCAGGAAUUGGCCGAAAGUGUCGAGGUUAAGGAGAAACUGAAGUCAUUGCAAUGUGAAUUAUAUGUAUUGCAGGAUAAGGUCGAGGAACAUGCAAACCAAUUGACUGAUAAGGAUAAACAAAAUGAAACUGCCAAAGAGGAAACGAUGCAGUUGAAAUCUGCAUUGGAGGAACAAACACUGGAGUUAAGCCGACAACAAGAGCAUGCCAGUUUUGUCACCGAACAGAAUGAUAUGGUUCAAAAGGAGCUGCUUCAAAUUCAGCAGCAGCUUGUGGAAAAACAAGCCGAACUCUCCAAGGCACAUGAGGAGCAACAGCGGCUUCAAGCCGUUAUCGAAGACACUUCCAAGGAAAUGGCUGCACUUAAACAAGAAUCAUCCUCGACUACUUCAAUUCACCCAUUAAAUACUGACGCAGACAAUUUGCGCAGCAUUAAUGACGAAUUGCAGAGACAACUGGAGGAGUUAAAGUACAAGAGUCAUGGAAUUGAAUCAAAUCUGCAACAGGAAAUUGAUGAACUGCAAUCUAAUAACAAGCAAAUGGCCGAACGUAUCAAUGAACUCGAAACCUUGCGAGCUGGCAUCCAAGCACAACAACUCAUGGCCAGCCUGGCGCCCAAAACAAUCAAACAGUCGGUGGUAGUCGACGAAAAGGCCGAACUGGAGGCCAAACUCAAGGAGAUUAUGAACGAAGUCCAAGAUGUCACCAACCGAAAUCUAUUCCUAGAGCAGAAAUGUGAAAAUUUCCUUAUACUCGAACAAUCAAAUGAGCGUUUGAGGCUUCAGAAUGCCAAGUUAUCGCGGCAGUUGGAUGAAACACUGGUAUCCAUGCAACAUAGUGAUAGUGGAGUGCCAGCUAAUACGGAGUUUGAGUAUCUCAAAAACAUAAUGUUCCAGUAUCUGACCGGAAAUACAAACAACGAGACUCUGGUCAAAGUGAUUUCAGCAGUGCUGAAAUUCUCCCCGCAACAAGCUCAGGUCGCUCUGGAGAAGGAGCAUCAGCGUCGAUCUUUGCUGAACAAACUAAUCUAGCAAGAAGAAUCAAUGGAAAUCCUCUCCAGUCGAGCUUUUAGUGGCAAAGUCAAAGCUGCAUGAUUAAGAAGUACCUAAGUAUCAUCACCAUCCGCGCAUUACCUGAUGGACGGGCAAAUAAAUUUCAGGUCCCAAGGCAUUUCGGCUUGUAGAUCCAGUCUGCUUAUAUAUAUACAUACAUAUAUCAAUGUUAUUUGUACAGUCGUAGCAACAAACUUUUGUAAAUGUUUAAAUUUCGCUUUUCUCUCUAAUAUUUUUGUUGGUAACCCGAUAGAUGCAUAUUGUUACUCCCUUUAUACAUAAUACCCCGCUCCCCAUUUCCCUUUCUAAGUGCAAUUGUUUCUGUAUUUUAGUUCUUAAGUCCAAAAAUCAAGAAAAAAGUGUAUAAAUCAAUUGCAGUUAGCAUUUAGUUUAAUUCAAAUUCUAUAUAUAUAAAUAUAUAUAAUACACAUAAAUAAAUAGUCGCAAUUCCUAAAACAAAGGAA